AUGGCUCAGAGCAAUCUAGAUGCUAAUCAGAUAAAUGUUUUAGAAGAAGAACAUAGAGCUUAUCUCUAUGAUAUGGAUGGUUGUGAGUGGUAUGAUAAUAUAAUAUACUACUUGCAGAAGAUGAAGUGUCUUGAAGAUAUGAGUGAUAACAAAAAGAGGAAAUUGAAGUUAUAUGCUAUAAAGUAUGCUACUAUUAAUGGAAAGAUUUGGUGGAGAAACAGUGAUGGUGUCAUGUUAAAAUGUGUUGACCAAGAUCAAGCUCAUAAAUUGUUGACAGAAAUGGAUAGUGGAGGCUGUGGAGGACAUUAUAUGGCCCAAACAACUGCACAUAAGAUAUUGAGGGCUAGGUUUUGGUGGCCAACAAUUUUUAACGAUGCACAUCAGUUAGUCAGAAAGUGUGAUCCAUGCCAAAGGUUUUCUAGGAAAUUGAAGUUUUCAGGGAAUCUGUCAUUAAACCCAGUAGAUGUGAAGGCUCCUUUUCAGUAG